AUGUUCCCAAAUUCUUCCAAUCUGGGCUGCCCACCCUUCCCUCCAAGAUGUCAACGAAAGAGUAAUUUCUCCAAUAGGCUUACUCGAAAUAAACCACCUACUCUUCUCUCUCAGCAGCAGAUUAAUGAUGCCCAGUUUCAUUUACAGAAUGCAGUUCUUUCCAGGACUCUUCCAAGUGGGAACAGUGCAGCUACUCCAGCUGCUACACCACAGCCAUCAACUUUUGGAAAUGGCAGUCCAGUACAUACAUCUGAUGCCCCCACAUCAUUCCAAGGAACAAAGAGACUAAGUGAAGAAAUUAUUCCACAUGCUGCCAAACGGCAGCGGUUUCGUUCACAUCAUUUUGAAAGAAUUGUAGUUAACCAAGCAGUGCCUUUACCAGAAGAACGUAGAUACUCCUUUCCAAGAACACUUUCCUCUCCACUGUUUGGGUCCUGUUACAUGCCAGAUACAACUGAAUAUGACCCCCUGUUGCAAGAUACUUUGUUUCCAGACCCUAGAUACAUGAGGCUCCCUGUGGCCAAAGAUAAGUUAAGUCAGCAGAUUUUGGAGUUAUUUCAAGUAUGUCAGCAGCAGACCUCUGAUUUGAGCAGAAAAGAGCUCUGCAGAACAGAACUUGAGCGAGAAAUUCAGCAAAUUUUUCCAGAGAGCAAACUCUUUUUGGUUGGGUCCACACUGAAUGGGUUUGGCACUCGCACCAGUGAUGGUGAUUUGUGCCUGGUGAUUAAAGAAGAACCAGUAAAUCAGAAGACUGAAGCAAGACAUAUACUCAGCUUAGUCCAAAAACACUUCAGUACUAAACUUUCAAGCUACAUUGAGCGACCUCAGCUGAUUCGAGCAAAGGUGCCAAUAGUGAAGUUCAGGGAUAAAGUCAGCUGUGUGGAGUUUGACUUGAAUGUAAACAAUGUUGUGGGGAUAAGAAAUACAUUCCUUCUGAGAACCUAUGCAUACCUUGAGAAUCGCGUUCGUCCAUUAGUACUUGCUGUUAAGAAGUGGGCAAAAUUUCAUGACAUAAAUGAUGCCAGUCGUGGUACUUUAAACAGCUAUAGUCUCGUGUUGAUGGUUUUGCACUAUCUACAGACCCUACCAGAACCCAUCAUUCCAUCCCUCCAAAAGAACUACUCAGAAUAUUUUGAUCCUGCUAUACAGUUGCGUUUUGUUCAUCAAGUUCCAUGUGCCAUUCCUCCUUACUUCUCAAAAAAUGAAUCAAGCCUUGGAGAUUUGCUGAUUGGCUUCCUCAAAUAUUAUGCCACAGAUUUUGAUUGGAGCCAUCAAAUUAUUUCAGUUCGUGAGGCCAAAGCUAUUCCAAGAUCUGAUGGUGCUGAAUGGAGAAACAAAUUUAUUUGUAUAGAAGAGCCCUUUGAUAGGACAAACACUGCUAGAGCUGUACAUGAAAAACUGAAGUUCGAUAUUAUCAAAGCUGAAUUUGUGAAGUCUUGGCAGGUAUUGCAAGACAGGAAAGACCUGAACUGUAUGCUUCCUCUUAGAAGAAUAAUUCAGAAAAGAUAA